AAAAAAAAGGUCUAGUUUGUAAUUGUUGAAUAUUUGUUGGCUUUGUUGUUACUACAAAUGUUUAUAUGCCACCCCGCUCUCUAAAUCGCUCACUAAUACCAGAAGCCUCUAAAACUCGCAGCAUCACCAUUUAGAGAAAUGGCGACCAAUGUGCAACUCUCAGAGUUCCUUGCUAGUGCUGUUGAGGCUGCCAAGAAAGCUGGCGAAGUAAUUCAGAAGGGAUUUUAUCAGACCAAAAAUGUGGAGCAUAAAGGCCAGGUGGAUUUGGUCACAGAAACUGACAAGGCAUGUGAAGAUCUUGUCUUCAAUCAUCUCAAGCAAUACUACCCUGAUCAUAAGUUCAUUGGUGAAGAAACUACAGCUGCUUUUGGUGCUACAGAGUUGACGGAUGAUCCUACAUGGAUUGUUGAUCCACUUGAUGGGACAACUAACUUCGUGCAUGGGUUCCCGUUUGUUUGUGUUUCUAUUGGUCUCACCAUUGGAAAAGUCCCAACUGUCGGUGUUGUGUAUAAUCCAAUUAUGAAUGAGCUGUUCACUGGCGUUCGAGGGCAAGGAGCUUUUCUGAAUGGAAACCCCAUACAGGUGUCUUUAAAAGAUAAACUUGUCAACUGCCUCCUUGCGACAGAGACUGGUACAAAACGUGAUAUAGCAACUGUUGAUGCCACAACAAACCGAAUUAAUUCAUUGCUUUUCAAGGUGAGAUCCGUACGAAUGUCAGGGUCGUGUGCAAUGAACUUAUGUGGUAUAGCUUGCGGGAGGCUUGAUCUUAUGUAUGAGAUUGGAUAUGGGGGUGCAUGGGAUGUGGCAGCUGGUAUCGUAAUUGUUGAAGAGGCUGGAGGUCGUGUUUUUGACCCGUCUGGCAAAGAUUAUGAUAUCACAGUCACGCGAAUAGCUGCUUCAAACCCUCUUAUUAAGAAUUCAUUUACUGAGGUUUUUUCACAAGCUGAAUGAAAGAACGGGCUAGCAAAAUGAUGAACAAUACAUUUAUACGACAAACUGCUGUUGCACCUUCUUUCUAUCAACACCAGCAUUUGGUAUGGUAUAUUUUUGCAAGUUAGAUAAUUGUGUUACAGUCUAUUGUUUGACUUCUGAUCAAUGGUCCUAUAAUGUAUUGAAAAUGCCAAUAAUCUGAUUAGAGAAGAACAUGGCUUAAUUUGCCAACUUUUCA